CUCGCAAGCACCGGAGCCCAGCUCUCCAGACCUGACCAUCCCUACUCCUCCCUCAGGCCCGGGUGGGGCCUCCUCCCCCAAACGGAGCGCUGGUUCAGCACUCCUCUAGAGAGAUCCAAGGUGCUUCGAGGACACAAUGGAUUAUCCAGGUGUUGGUCGAGUGGUAUCGAUGCAGCCAGGACGCAAGAGAGAGGCUUGGGGUGGGUGGGGGGCAGGCCUCUGCGUAAGUCUGUGUGGGAAGGGAAAUUUGCCCGUCUCCUUCCCGAAAAGCCCCUGAAGCUGACUUCUGCGCCUCUGAGAACCGAGACUCUCCGGGAGAAACAUUUAGCGUCCAUCCGUACAUCCCGCGUGUGGACAGAGUUCCGCCUGAGGGAGGAACUGGGGUCUCCUGGCCUUUUUUUAGGGCUGUGGGAUGUGGAGGUCGCAUGCCUGUUUUAAACUUCAUAUCACGUGCUUCUGAUUCUAAUUUGGCUGCUUUUCUAUCCUGUGCGGGCAGCUCAGACCGGAGGAGGCCAGGAAAGCCCUCGAGACUGGGAGGAAACGGAACCAUGUUGCCGAGGCACCCUCCAAGCCUCAGGCCCUUUGCGGGGCGAGCCUGGCUGCGGGCUACAAGUCCCAAAUCCGGCCGUACGGGCCCACAGUAAGUCGGAAACAAGUGCUCGCAGGUCCUCGCUUUGCUUUGGGUUUCAUUGUUUCUUAAUGCAAAUCGAUUCACUUAGGACUCCCCGCUGAUCUGAGAGUUUUAAAAGGGCGCUUCUGUGCUGACGGGCUGGAGGGAAAGUGGUUUCCGUAGAGAUUGGGGUCAAGGGUAGGAGAGAAGAGGUAGACUUGGCCUGGAGUCAUCAUGUCGUCUGUGGAGUCGCACAGAGUCGGACGCGAUUGAGGUGACUUAGCAGCAGCAGCAUCAUGACCCGGCUUUAAAAACGGGUUCCUCAUUUUACACACCGGUCGCAAGAUCUGAGAGCGGGGGAGCGGAGUGCCACUCCUAGCCUUGGAAUGAAGCUAUGUUUAACCUCCCCCCUCGACAGUGGCCAGUGGGCAACCGGGGCCUUGAGGCCUCCCUGGGGCACGCGACCAUUGCAGGGAACGUCCAAGUUGAGACCCGUUGGAGGCUCGUGACUGCUUCCGCUGAACCUGGGCCGCUCCCACAUCACGAUCGGGAAAUUCUCCAGCUGACCUAUAGACGGAAACGCCAUUUGGGAACUACGACUUGGCAGGCCCUGGCGACCCGCCUCCGCUCCCAGGAGCCCAGGCUUGCCCGAAGUAGUCAGGGACUCUCUUUAAACCGAGCCGCCUCACAGGCAUGGGAUUCUGUCAGCAUAGCCCGAGGGCCAGAAAACUGGACGUGAACCAAAAGAGCCUGGAGAACCACACAGACCACAGAGGAUCUGGGAGGAUCAGACGCGGCCAACGGGCCUUCUCCGCCUCCUUCGCACCAGGUCGUGGUGGGUCAAAUAUAAAAGAGAUCCAGAGCUCAACAUACACAAAAAUACAGAUAAUAAGAGGGUAUCCUGAAGCAGAAGUAAGAAUCUUUGGCACCAAGGCAAUGCAGAGCAAAGCAAAAACAGUGAUAGAUGAUCUUGUUAAAAAACAAGAAGAACACAAAACAGAAUCCAAACUUGGUGUUGCUGCUGUCCAACUUUCAGAUGGAAAAGAUGCAAUGAAGGAUGUUUCAGGAGAGCAGAAAUUGAUUGAUUGGGAUAAAUUCCGAGAAAACAUUUUGAAAUGGAAUGAGAAAAAGUGGGCAGGUUUGCCUCCGGUUAAGAAAAACUUUUACAUAGAGUCAGAAAAAACAAGUUCAAUGUCACAAGAACAAGUAGACAAUUGGAGGAAGGAAAAUUAUAAUAUAAUUUGCGAUGACCUGAAAGAUGGUGAGAAACGUCCUCUUCCUAACCCUACUUGUAAUUUUGAGGAUGCAUUUCACUGUUACCCUGAAGUUAUGAGAAGUUUUCAAAAGGCAGGUUUUCAAAAGCCAACACCAAUUCAGUCACAGGCGUGGCCAAUCAUCCUACAAGGAAUAGAUCUAAUAGGAGUAGCCCAGACUGGAACAGGGAAGACAUUGUCCUACUUAAUGCCUGGAUUUAUUCAUAUUGACUCCCAACCUGUAGCCAGGAACGGGCCUGGUAUGUUAGUCCUCACCCCAACUCGCGAGUUGGCUCUGCAGGUGGAUGCCGAGUGCUCUGAAUACUCAUACAGAGGUCUUAAAAGUGUUUGUAUAUAUGGUGGUGGCAAUAGAGAUGGACAAAUAAAAGACUUAUCAAAAGGUGUAGACAUUAUCAUCGCCACUCCCGGAAGACUCCAUGAUCUACAGAUGAAUAACUUUGUGUACCUGAAAAGCAUAACCUACCUGGUAUUAGAUGAAGCUGACAAAAUGCUGGAUAUGGGAUUUGAACCCCAGAUAAUGAAGAUUUUAUUAGAUGUACGUCCAGACAGGCAGACAGUUAUGACAAGUGCAACAUGGCCAUAUGCUGUUCGUAGACUCGCACAAUCUUAUUUGAAAGAGCCCAUGAUUGUGUAUGUUGGUACUUUGGAUCUAGUCGCUGUAAGUACCGUGACACAAAAUAUAAUUGUCACCACAGAAGAUGAGAAAAGAUCACAUAUCCAAGCUUUCAUCGACAGCAUGUCUCCCAAGGACAAAGUCAUAAUAUUUGUCAGCCGGAAAGCUGUGGCUGAUCAUUUAUCAAGUGACCUGGGUAUCCGGCGUAUAGCAGUAGAAUCUCUGCAUGGCAAUAGAGAACAGAGUGAUAGAGAGAGAGCAUUAAAAAGCUUUAAAACAGGUAAAGUGCGAAUACUGAUUGCUACUGAUUUAGCAUCUCGUGGUCUUGAUGUCCAUGAUGUAACGCAUGUCUAUAAUUAUGAUUUUCCCCGAAACAUCGAAGAAUAUGUCCACAGAGUGGGACGUACCGGGAGAGCAGGGAGGACCGGGGUAUCUAUUACCCUUAUCACUAGAAAUGAUUGGAAGAUUGCUGGUGAAUUAAUUAAUAUUCUGGAAAGAGCAAAUCAGAGUGUCCCAGAGGAUCUUGUCUCAAUGGCUGAGAGAUACAAAGCAAAUAAACUGAAAAAAGAAACAGAAAACAAAUGGGGAAGACCCCAAGGAAAACCCAGGAAGUUUUAUCAUUAAUGUCUGUGUAGAAAAGUGGUACCAGCCUACUACAAAAGAGUUCAAGAUUUUUCAGAGUUACAGUUAUUUAAGGUACUGUGCAAGUAUUGGAAACAUGCUGGCAGUAUGAAGAGAUAUCUGAAUCUUAAAAUAAUAGUGUUUAAAACGUAGAAUUGAAUAUUUUAUACUUUCCUUAAUAAAGCAAAAAGUAUUUAAACUUGAAUUGAAAUUUUUAUGGAUAUUAAAGAAUGUAGCAUUAAAGUUUCACUUUUUAGUAUCUUUACUAAAAAAAGUAAAUUUUGUCUCCUGUAAUGUUGCCAUGUGAAGGUCAGUCUAAGGGGUUUAUUUAAAUCUUAUUCAGAUGUUGUCACAGCAGUGAAAAUGUUAACACAGUAAAUGUUUUUCUAUAAUAAAAAGGCAGUCUGGUCU